AUGAACUUGAGUCCUCAUAUUUACAACCUGAACCCUUGCCUCUCUCUCUCUCUCUCUCUCUCUCUCUCUGUGGCGUCGAGACCCAAAAACAAGCGUUUCCAUGUCCUCCAUGAUCAUCUAACAAAAGGGUCGUCACGAAUUUUCAUGGAAUUUUCGGUUGAUGGUGAUGUUAGUGGCGAGGUGGUAGGAAGUUCUGCUGAGCUAGAAAUUAGUAGAGCAGGUGAUGAAAAUGAGACAGGUGGAAGUUCUAUUGAAGGAGCAUUCCAACUGGGUCAGGAUGAUAAAAUGAAUCAAGAUUCCCCUGGAAAGGAUAUAAUUCCACAAGCAGUUCCAGUUGUGUCAGUGGUUCCAGCAGAUGAGCCAUAUGUGGGUCAAGAGUUUGAAACCGAAGCAGCUGCGCAUGCAUUUUAUAAUGCAUAUGCCACUCGUGUGGGAUUCAUAAUUCGUGUAAGCAAACUCUCUCGAUCAAGGCGUGAUGGAUCUGCCAUUGGUCGUGCACUUGUAUGUAACAAAGAGGGUUAUAGAAUGCCUGACAAGCGCGAAAAAAUUGUAAGGCAGAGAGCAGAGACCAGGGUCGGUUGCAGGGCAAUGAUUUUGGUGAGGAAAGUAAGUUCUGGUAAAUGGGUCGUUACAAAAUUUGUAAAGGAGCACACUCAUCCUCUGACACCUGGGAAAGGUCGAAGGGAUUGCAUAUAUGAUCAAUAUCCGAAUGAACAUGACAAGAUUCGGGAACUAUCUCAGCAGCUGGCCAUAGAGAAAAAGCGUGCUGCUACCUAUAAAAGACAUCUCGACCUAAUAUUUGAGCACAUUGAAGAGCACAAUGAGAGUCUUUCAAAGAAGAUCCAACACAUAGUAGAGAGUGUGAAGGAGAUCGAAGGCAAAGAACAGCAACAACACAGAUAG